GAUCAGUUUGUCACCACCCAGGCUCCCUUGCCUUUGGCUGGGUGCAACUUCCAUUUUAGGUGUUGGAUCUGAGGGAAAAAAAAAAAAAAAAAAAGCGAGAGAGAGAGCGAGCGAGCGAGCGAACGAGCGAAAGAGAAAGGGAGAGAAAGAAGAGCAGGAAAGAUCCUGGAAGGAGGAAGAGGUGACGAGAAAUCUGCUGCCUUGCUGGAUUUGUCUUUCUCACCACAUUGGCGAAGACUUGGUUUCUUUCUUAAAGGACUGGCUUUUAGAAGUCCACAUUUGAGAGAGUUUGAACGGCCCAGAUCGGUUUCAGUCCUGCUGUUCCUGGGUGGAGCCCUCUUACUUUUCCAGCUCUCUCCUUCCUGCUUCCUCCUUGCUGUGGUGGCUGGGAUGCUUCUUCCAUGAUUUUUUGAAUCUAGACUGGGCUGUUCUCUGUUAAACCAAUCAAUCACGACCUCUUAACAGUAGUGUGAAGUGAGGGGGACCUUCUCCCUCCUUCCUCCUCUCUCUGUGAUCCAUCUUCCUUUUUACCCUGCCCUGCGGCGACUCUGCCCCUUACCUUCAUGGACGACUCAGAGGUGGAGUCGACCGCCAGCAUCUUGGCCUCUGUGAAGGAACAAGAGGCCCAAUUUGAGAAGCUGACCCGGGCGCUGGAGGAGGAACGGCGCCACGUCUCGGCGCAACUGGAACGCGUCCGGGUCUCACCACAAGAUGCCAAUCCACUCAUGGCCAACGGCACUCUCACUCGCCGGCAUCAGAACGGCCGAUUUGUGGGCGAUGCUGACCUUGAGAGACAGAAAUUUUCAGAUUUGAAACUCAACGGACCCCAGGAUCACAGUCACCUUCUGUAUAGCACCAUCCCCAGGAUGCAGGAGCCGGGGCAGAUUGUGGAGACCUACACAGAGGAGGACCCUGAGGGAGCUAUGUCUGUUGUCUCUGUGGAGACCUCAGAUGACGGGACCACUCGGCGUACAGAGACCACAGUUAAGAAAGUUGUGAAGACUGUGACAACACGGACGGUACAGCCAGUACCUAUAGGACCAGACGGGCUACCUGUGGAUGCCUCAUCAGUUUCUAACAAUUAUAUCCAGACAUUGGGUCGUGAUUUCCGCAAGAACGGCAAUGGGGGACCUGGUCCCUAUGUGGGGCAGGCCGGCACGGCUACCCUUCCCAGGAACUUCCACUACCCCCCUGAUGGUUAUAGCCGCCACUAUGAAGAUGGUUAUCCAGGUGGCGGUGACAACUAUGGCAGCCUAUCCCGGGUGACCCGUAUUGAGGAGCGGUAUAGGCCCAGCAUGGAAGGCUACCGAGCACCUAGUAGACAAGAUGUCUAUGGGCCCCAGCCCCAGGUUCGGGUAGGUGGGAGCAGUGUGGAUCUGCAUCGCUUUCAUCCAGAGCCUUAUGGGCUAGAGGAUGACCAGCGUAGCAUGGGCUAUGAAGACCUGGAUUAUGGCAUGAUGUCUGAUUAUGGCACUGCCCGCCGAACUGGGACACCCUCUGACCCUCGUCGUCGCCUCAGGAGCUAUGAAGAUAUGAUUGGUGAGGAGGUACCAUCAGAUCAGUACUAUUGGGCUCCUCUGGCCCAGCAUGAACGGGGCAGUUUAGCAAGCUUGGAUAGCUUGCGCAAAGGAGGGCCCCCACCUCCCAACUGGAGGCAGCCAGAGCUGCCAGAGGUGAUCGCCAUGCUAGGAUUCCGCUUGGAUGCUGUCAAGUCCAAUGCAGCUGCAUACUUGCAACACUUAUGCUACCGAAAUGACAAGGUGAAGACAGAUGUACGGAAGCUCAAAGGCAUCCCAGUACUGGUGGGAUUGUUAGACCACCCAAAAAAGGAAGUGCACCUUGGAGCUUGUGGAGCUCUCAAGAACAUCUCUUUUGGGCGUGACCAGGAUAAUAAGAUUGCCAUAAAAAACUGUGAUGGUGUUCCUGCCCUUGUGCGAUUGCUCCGAAAGGCUCGGGAUAUGGACCUUACCGAAGUCAUUACUGGAACCCUGUGGAAUCUCUCAUCCCAUGAUUCAAUCAAAAUGGAGAUUGUGGACCAUGCAUUGCAUGCCUUGACAGAUGAAGUGAUCAUUCCGCAUUCUGGUUGGGAGAAGGAACCUAAUGAAGAUUGUAAGCCACGCCACAUUGAGUGGGAGUCGGUUCUCACCAACACAGCUGGCUGCCUUAGGAAUGUAAGCUCAGAGAGGAGUGAAGCACGCCGGAAACUUCGGGAAUGUGAUGGUUUAGUUGAUGCCCUUAUUUUCAUUGUUCAGGCCGAAAUUGGGCAGAAGGAUUCAGACAGCAAGCUGGUGGAGAACUGUGUUUGUCUUCUUCGAAACUUAUCAUAUCAAGUGCACCGGGAGAUCCCACAGGCAGAGCGUUAUCAAGAGACACCUCCCAGUGUUGCCAACAAUACCGGGCCACAUGCUGCCAGUUGCUUUGGGGCCAAGAAGGGCAAAGAUGAGUGGUUCUCCAGAGGGAAAAAGCCCACAGAGGAUCCAGCAAAUGAUACAGUGGAUUUUCCUAAAAGAACUAGUCCUGCUCGAGGCUAUGAGCUCUUAUUUCAGCCAGAGGUGGUUCGGAUAUACAUCUCACUUCUCAAGGAGAGCAAGACGCCUGCCAUCCUAGAAGCCUCAGCUGGAGCUAUCCAGAACUUGUGUGCUGGGCGCUGGACGUAUGGUCGAUUUAUUCGUUCUGCUCUGCGUCAAGAGAAGGCUCUUUCUGCCAUAGCUGAUCUCCUUACCAACGAACAUGAGCGAGUAGUGAAAGCUGCAUCUGGAGCUCUGAGAAAUCUGGCUGUGGAUGCUCGCAACAAGGAAUUAAUUGGUAAACACGCCAUUCCUAACUUGGUAAAGAAUCUGCCAGGAGGGCAGCAGAACUCCUCCUGGAAUUUCUCUGAGGAUACCGUGGUCUCCAUUUUGAACACCAUCAAUGAGGUUAUUGCUGAGAACUUGGAAGCUGCCAAAAAGCUUCGAGAGACACAGGGUAUUGAGAAGCUGGUGUUGAUCAACAAAUCAGGGAACCGCUCAGAAAAAGAAGUUCGAGCAGCAGCACUUGUAUUACAGACAAUCUGGGGAUAUAAGGAACUGCGGAAGCCACUGGAAAAAGAGGGAUGGAAGAAAUCAGACUUUCAGGUAAAUCUAAAUAAUGCUUCUCGAAGUCAGAGCAGUCAUUCAUAUGAUGAUAGCACUCUGCCUCUCAUUGACCGGAACCAAAAAGCAGAUAAGAAACCUGAUCGGGAAGAAAUUCAGAUGAGCAGUAUGGGAUCAAACACAAAAUCACUAGAUAACAACUAUUCCACACUGAACGAGAGAGGGGACCACAAUAGAACACUGGAUCGAUCUGGAGAUCUAGGUGAUAUGGAGCCACUGAAGGGAACACCCUUGAUGCAGGACGAGGGGCAGGAAUCUCUGGAGGAAGAGUUGGAUGUGUUGGUUUUGGAUGAUAAGGGGGACCAAGUGUCUUAUCCCCCCAUGCAGAAGAUUUAGCACCACUAUCUUCGUUCCAUCCGGGGUGGUAUAAUAUAUGUACUUUUACUUUUGGUGGUGAAAUGGACUGAUGAUUUUUCCCUUUCUUCGCUGGACUAUUGUGCCAACUGCCAGGCUGCCUCCUGCCCUUAUAGCCGUGAGUGGCUGCCUUCUUUCCAUCAACUCCCAACUUUUCCUGGUGAAGUUUAAUUGUCCUGCCUCCUUUCCCCAUCUCCUCCAGUUUCUCCCAAGAAGCCUGACAUAGCUGUUUGCAUAUCUUGAGAAACUGCUACAGAUUAGUUGUUUUUGCCUGCUCUCCCUGGAACUCUUGGCCUUGUAGAGGGAGAGAGAGUGUGGGAAUCUUCACUGGAAGUCGUGGGAAGACUUGGAAGUUAUAUUCUGUAUAUGCAAUGUCCAGCAAUUGAUUAACUGAUGAUUCUUAAUCAAGAUUUUUUUUUUCCCCUGGUGGAGAAGGGACUUUUUAUUUUCUUUUUGGAAAAUGGGAAGUACGAGCUCUUCCCUUAUUCCUAAUGGCUAUUUUUGAAGCAAAGAAGGUUGGCAACUUUGGCACAUUCCAUCUGGCAAGGGCUCUUGAGUAAGUGAAAGUCUCCUAAUACUGGGAUUAAGAAACCUUGCUCUCCUCAUCUUGAGGCAGGGACCAUCAAGGACCUACAAACUUUAUCUCUUCUACAAGCCUCAUGCCAACUGUGGGCUGCUGCAUCUGCCCCUUACUGAGGCUGUCCUUUAACCCUCCUCUGCUACCCUGUGAUAUAUCUGCUGACUUGACCUGGCCAUUUGCAAGAGGCCUUAGAAAGAGGAGAAUGACAAGGAAGACUUUUUUGUCAAGAAGGAACAGAAAGAUGUUUUUUUGGGAAGAAGAGGAACCUCUAGGAGGAGCUAGUAGGAAUGUACAUGAAGUGAUUAGUCUGAAACUGGCAGGCAGCUUCAAAGCUGGCUUCCCUCCCUUUCCUAUUUCCCCAUUUUCUACCCUUAUAGACCUGUCCUCCCCUGCCUCUCCCUGGAUUGGUUGGCCAACUAUAAAGACUUGAUGUACAUAACUCCAGUCCCUUUACCCUUACAAGGUGGGGAUGGCCCUUGGCUUCGCCUCUUCUUUGUGCCUUUGGCCUGGGGUACAUCUCCUCCCUCCCUUCCAUGUGCCUUUCUUUGCCUCUGCAGUCUCAUUUCUCAUGAUUUUGCAAAUUAUUUUUUAUUGCUUUCUCACCUACCAUUGGCUCUAACUAGCAGAAAGAAGAGGAGAGGUGACCUCGAGAACCACAGAGUCUCCAUUGGAGAUUGGUGUAGCUUCUCCUUUUAGCCAUAGCAAGCUUUUGCUCAACAGUGUAUGAUUUUUGCAAAAUCCCAUUCUGAUGAAUCUCAGAGUGAGGGUGGUAGAAGGAGUGAAUGGUGAAACUUUUUACUCCUUAGUUGCCCAGAAUUUACCAUCAUCUCUGAAGGAGUUAUAGGGAAGUUGUCUUUCCCCAACUCCCCCCAUUUCCCUCAAUACUGCCCCCUCCCACUUUAGUGUAUAUUAGCAGGUUGGGCUAUAGGAAUCAGCUGCUAUGCGGGUUGAUUAUUUUUUUUAACCCCUUAUUUGCCUUCUACUCUCCUUAAUCUAAAAGCUCUGUUCAAUGCAACUGGAAUUCUUUAUCCCUCUCUUCCCCUUCUCUUAUAUAUUGAGGCUAUGGGGUAGGAGAAAAGUGCACAACCCACGACCCUCCUUCCCCAUGCAUAAAAGUUCCUUAUUUACCUUAUUUCCCCCUCCCACUUCUUCCCAUUCCCAUCCACCUUUUCUGGCAAAAAGGAGCCUUUUGCUUGCUGUGACCCUAAGAGCACACUGCACAGGGGGAACUGCCCCCAUCUAGACCUGGCUCCACUCUUGGUUUCUCUUGCUCUCCUCUGCUCUUUUCCUGGUGCUCUUUUUUCUUGGUGGGGUGUGGGUACUAGAACAGCCAUGGGCUUUUGGGGACCUUUAAAUUUUUUUUUCUUCCCUCUUUUGUUUAUAAAAACACUAAACAUUCAAUUCCAGAGAACCAAAAAUCCCACCUUCCCACCGAACACUACUAAGGGGCGUAUCUUCGGCUCCAUACUUUUUCUCUUUUUCUUUCUCUCUUGUUAAUGCUUUUACAAACAAAUGAGUUUUUUAUAUAAAUAAAGUUUUUAAAGUGUGUA